AUGGAUGUCUUCUCCCCUGAUAUCGUCGCCGAGCCUCUGCCCCCGAACUUCAAGGCUCCAACCUUGGAGAUGUACAACGGGAAUACAGACUCAGACAACCACCUAGAGAGCUUCAGGGCACUCAUGAUCAUGUACGGAUACUCCGGUGCCUUGACGUGCCGGACUUUCCAGGCGACCUUCAAGGGAGCCACUCGCUGGCGCCCCCAAAAAAGCGUUGUCUCACUGAUGACUGUCAAGAAGAAGCGAGGAGAGAGUUUGCGGACAUACAUCGACCGCUUCAAUAAAGAAGAACUCGAGGUCCGUGACCUCGACCCCCUGGUCUCCAUGCAUGUCGCCAUCAGUGGACUCCUCCCCAGCUUGGCUCUCAAAUGCUCCAUUGCCAAAAGCCAGCCAAAGAUGAAGUUGGAGUUCCUAGAAAGGGCCCAAAAAUACAUUGCCGUCGAAGAGGCUUCGGCUACAGAUGCCCAUGAGAGAGGCAUAGAGCACCGGGAUGGAGCCCCCGAGAAGAAGAGGAAGAACGGGGACCAGGGCCGCAGCAAUAGCAACAAGAAGCCAUUGGCUUACAACCAAUACAUGCCACUCAACUCCACCCGCACACAGAUUUUAAUGCAGAUCGGGCAGGAAAAAAUUAUGAAGUGGCCUGAAAAGUUGAAGAAGAACGAGAUAGAAUUCCACCGAGGUACCGGACACGACACCGAGGACUGUUAUGAUCUCAAAAAUUAG